GCAGGUGUCUUGGCCAUCACUUCACGGUCCAGGAGGCUUAGGAGCGGGCACGACAGAGGCUGGUAACUUGGGAAAGAGAGGCAGGCGAGCAGGAGAACACGCCCCUUGCAAUAUUGACCUACUACCCUCAUAUCUCUAGUAACAAAAUGCGCGUGUGGCAGGUAGUGAUGGUGGCGGCAGCGCUGGCGGUGGCCGUAACGGAGGCGCAGAGGCCGAGAUUCAGACCUCCACAAGUUCGCAUCCCAUCGCGCGCCGAGCUGACGGUGGCAAUUAACAACGUGGACACGGUGAAGAAGGCGCUGGCGUGCAUUGAAGGGCUCCCGUGCAAGCUGGAUGACGAGUACCACGUGAUGCUGCAGCGUUGGGGCCCAGAGGUGAUGCUGCGAGGUCAGUGCCCGGCGGGUCUGUGCACGCGGGAGCAGGCAAGGGAGGCCAAGUGGCUCAUGUCCCAGAUCUACGAGAAAUACCCCAAGAGGUACAUUGCCACCGUCAACAGGCUGGCCACCCGCCCCAACCCUUACUAUGGCUAG